AUGGCGACUUUGGUACGUCGGACAGCCUCGCGGCUUGUCGGAAGCUGCUUCAAAAAUAGCUUUCCCGUUAACCCAUCUCUUGACCAGUCUUGUUACGCUCUUGGCAGCUUGCGAUAUCUGACGCCGUCCAUUUCUCGUGAUAAUCCCUUCACUACAUCUGCCAGAAAGAGAGCUUCCUCAACUGAUUCACUUCUACGAGUGAUCGAAACCGAGAUUGGAUUCGCCGAGCAAGCUGACGAUUACGAUCGAGUUGAAGAAACUCCAAGUGGUUUCCGUUUCAAAAUGGAAGAAAAACCAGGAACUAAGAUCGUGACAUUGACUAGAGACUACCAAGGAGAGAGUGUUGUAGUUGAAGUGCACAUGACUAAUCUUGUGACAGGUGAUAAAGGAGAUGACGAGGAAGAGAGUGAUGAAGAAGAGGAAGAAGAACAUGAGGAUAAGCCAGAGAAGCCUAAGCAAUCUAAUGUGCCUCUUUUAGUAACACUCUCCAAGAAGACAGGACCAAGUUUGGAGUUCAGAUGUACUGCUUUUCCUGACAAGAUUGUGAUCAAGGACAUGUGGUUUACGUUUCCUGAUGAUCCUUCCAAAGAUGAGCUUGCAUAUGAAGGCCCUUCCUUCCGGGUUUUGGAUGAAAAGCUGAGAACGGCUUUCCAUAGGUACAACGAGAUUAGAGGGAUAGCGCCGAGCAUGAUUAACUUCUUGCACGAGUAUAUGAUCAACAAAGAUAGUAAAGAGCACUUAUUGUGGUUGAAAACGCUCAAGAACUUCGUCAAGUGUUGAGGAA